GUCUCUCACUAUUUUCUCUCGCAUUUCAAAUUGCAUUUCCUUUUAGAUUCUUAUAGUCGGCGCGGCGAUUCUCGAGUCCACGACGUUUCUCUCCUUCGUAGCUCUUCUUUCACGCAUAUGGCAAGCAAUACUUUAAAAGAUUUGAAUACACUUCCUGUUACCGAGAAGAUGAGUGAAUGUAAAGCAAGUUUAGCCAAGCCCUGUGUUGGGAAAAUCAAUGGGAAGUCUGAAGAUAGACCAUUACCAAGCUCUGCUGCUUUGGAUCAUCCUAGUGCUGUGGAAACAGAGAUUCCUGAGGUGGAGAAAGCUACCGUGGAAGUUGAGUAUGUUGAAUCUGAGAACUUGGAUAAUGUUGACGAUCCUGAUGCUGUUCUCAAGACGGUUCUAGCUGGUCUUGACUCCAAGGAUUGGGUAUCAGUCUGUGAUGCUCUUAAUAAUGUUCGUCGGCUUUCAAUAUUCCACAAAGAAGCGAUGCUGCAUUUGCUAGAAAAAGUGAUUCCACUCGUUGUGAAAUCACUGAAAAACCCAAGAAGUGCGGUGUGUAAAACCGCAUGCAUGACAUCUGCAGACAUCUUCAGCGCAUAUAACAACCAUAUAACAGAUCUUUUGGAUUCUCUGCUGACUCAACUCCUCCUCAAGUCUUCUCAAGAUAAAAGGUUCGUCUGCGAGGCAGCAGAGAAAGCUUUAACAUCAAUGACCAAAUACGUUUCCCCAACUUUGCUGCUACCAAAGCUUCAACCUUGUCUCAAGAACAGGAAUCCUAGGAUCCGUGCAAAAGCAUCAUUGUGCUUUUCCAGAAGUGUUCCUCGACUGGGCGUUGAAGGUAUUAAAGAGUAUGGAAUCGAUAAAUUAGUUCAAGCAGCUGCGUCUCAGCUAACGGAUCAGCUCCCUGAAUCCCGGGAGGCUGCACGGACCGUCCUACUUGAACUCCAGACCGUUUAUGAAAAAGCUCAUCCUAUCACCAACCACGAGACAUCAUCAUCAUCAGCACCGCCAGAGGAAGAGAAAGCUCCAGAGGCAGAGGCAGAGGCAAUUACUUGGGAAAUGUUCUGCCAGUCAAAGCUGUCGGCUCUAAGCGCACAAGCCGUGCUUCGUGUCACCAAUGUUGUGGCAGUGACUGCUCGAGAGGGUUUGGUUAUUGCAGGUUCAUCACAGCUAUAAGCCUUUCUUUACUAUUUUUUUUUUUAAAACCGUUUGCUACGAUCAUACAGUUGCAUGGUAUUCUCCGUUCAUGAUUCUACCAAAUUGGGAAAUUAUGGAGCGGUAAAGAGAGUGAAAACCGGUUAUUAAAAAUCUUGGUAAAUUUUUUUUUUUGUGAGUGAUUAUUUUGUCAUCAGCUUCAUCAAUGACUUUUUUUCUUUGAUUCGUAUGUGUAUAUAUGGUUUAAGCGUUCUUUGACGAUUUAAGCGUUCAUUUUUUC